AUGAGCGGUACUGUAUCUAAGAAAAGGCUUCGAAAAACCAUAGUUUGCAGUAAUUGUCGUACAAGAAAGAUAAAAUGCAACAAAGAAAGUCCGUGUUCAAGCUGUAUUGGAUUAUCUAUCGAACAGAAUUGUGUUUAUGAAAAUAAUCCUAAACGCCGGAAGAAGCCCGAUUCGGAAUCUGAAAAGCCAUGUGGUAAUGUUGAACUUGCAACUAGUCCUGUUUUAAAACGAAGGAAUUGGAAUAUCGUAGAAUGCAGACUGAAAGAUUACGCUUCUGAUAACUCAUUGCCUGGGUCAACAAAUCCUAUCGCUUCAGACCAUGAAACGAUUAACUUUUAUCAAGAUUUUAGUCCAGACUUAAAUCACGAAAACAAUGGUUUAACUUGUCGACCGUUGCCUUUUUUAUUAUUGAGCAAAAGAGAUCGUGGAAUGAAGCUUUUCUGGGGUUACACCACGAUACUGCGGAAGGGUCUUGACUUUAAACAUUUAUUCUUGAACAAUUCUGUUACACCAAACGAUAUAAACUCUAUAGAUUUUAAGAAAAGAUUACAAGAAGUGUUCGGAUCUGGAUUCAUUCCGUGGAUACAUCGAAUGCAAACUAAGGAUCAAACGAUGGCUAUAAAGAAAGCAAUUUCAAGCUAUGGUUUAAAACUUGGUCUCACAUUUUGUGAUCUGGACAUAGAUCAAGAAACCAAAUUAACAAGUAAGAUAAAAUUGGUUUUGCCUGACCGAUCUGCUCUCCAGUUGUUAAUCGACAGGUUUUUUAAAAAACUAUACUUCUUUUUUCCACUUAUAGAUGAAAUGUCGUUUAGAACAGAUAUGGAAACAUUAAUAAGUUAUGACUUCGAGGGGCAUGGGUCUUCAAUAGGUUUAAGAAGAAAGGAUGAUUUUGCUUUCCUAGCUACAAUGUUAAUAGUAUUAAGACUGAGCUACUUGUCUUUAUUUGACAAUAUUGUAUCCCGAAAUGAGCAAAGCAUAAAUAAUAAAGAUCCCAGUAGUAAACUGCAGGAUACCAAAUUCCUUUUGUUGAAUCCAAUUCAUAUAGAUGUGAUUUCAGUGGCUGAACUUUGUAUCAAAGAAUUUGAUCUUACCAGGUCCCAAAGCUUAGGAGUAUUACAGGCUAUUAUAUUUUUGAAAAUUUACCGAGACCAUUCUCCAGAAAUUGGAAUUGGAACUAUUGGAUCGAAUUCUCAAAUGAAUCAUGGGAUUAUCAUACUGAUGGCAUACUCAUUGGAAUUGAAUCGAGAAGCUGACCAUCAUUGUGAAGAAAUGGCUGAAAAAAAGUUCAAAAAUUUAAAAAGAAAAAUAUGGCAUUUUCUAUCUACUUCAGAUGUAUUUGAUUCGAUAAUUUAUGGAACAGAAAUUUUGACAGCCGAAUCAAUGUACGAUACUGAUACUCCUCUGUUUGACGAUGAUUACUCGAAUUUUAUUGACAAAUCUUUAGAAUUGCAGGUGGCUCAAACAUUUAAAGAUAUGAGUCCAAUUUUGAUAAAAGUGAAGAAAUUUCUCUCAAUAAUCCUUGAUGUUAAAUCAAAUGUAAAAAUGAACUAUUUAUCAUAUAAUUUACGUGAACUAGAAGUGUUAUUGACUAACCGAUUAGGAACAAUAGAUGAUUAUUUGAAAGCUGAUGAUGGUGUGCCUAGAUGUUUGAAAAUUAUAAAAUUUAGGCAAUCAGUGUACAUGAAGCUAUUCUCAUUAUUUGUGUAUUUUUGUUUCCAUGCUUAUUAUGAACAAAGAAAGAAUACUAAACUAAGAUUUUUUUAUUUGAAAAAUAUGAUUAAAAUUGGCUUCCAUGAAUUAGCACCUAUAUCUUCAAACUUAUUAUAUGAUGGCCAAGAAUACUUUGGUGAGUUAUUUCCACUCAUUCUAACACCAAUUUGCCAAGUAUACUGUCACAUUAUAUGCUUGAUUGGUCUGUCUUUAUGCUUCAGGUUAAACAGCUUAUGUAAGUUCAAUAUGUUAAAUGAACCGUACAAACCUAAGUUUAAAUUUACUGAUAAUCGCCCAACAUUCCCAACUGCAAGUUACAUUGAACAAGUCACCAAUCUUUCGAAAGAUAUUAACUUAAAUGGCAAAAGACGUAUUGCAAUGAUGAGGAUACUCAGUGACACCUUUACGGGGAGAAUCUAUUGCACGGUAACGAGAUUUACGAGUAUGAUGUAA